CACUGUGUUGGGCGGCACCUGAUCCCCGAUAAAAAGGUUUCACUUACCCUAACACGAGUGCCGAAUCAUACUACGCCUAUUGUUUCAUCUCCGUUUGUUACACGUGAACUAACAGGGGAGGCCACCCUCGUUGACCAUGGCUCAUCUGGCUCUUCAGAAAGACCUACAGAAUUCGGCCAGACACUGGACUCAUGUGGCCCCGAAGUACUUUUAGACAUGGUCAAUGACACACUCAAGGAUCCCAAAACAUGUGGCACUAGUAAGGCCCCACCAGGACAGGUGGAGAGGGGCUUUUUUGCCUGCAAACCCAGUCGUUUUGCGCCUCGGCCUCCCGUUGACCAAUUGUCUUAUAAAAUAACAGCAGCCGAUGGUCGACUAAGUCUGGAAGAAUGUGGACAGACUGUUGAACCAGAUGCAAUGCCUUCCAGAGUGAGCCAAGUGAAUCGACAGGAGGUUGUAGAACGGACGGAAUUAGUAGGAGAGUUGGAGGAGGCACACUUCAUCGGCGACUUCCGACAUUCAUAA